GAUUUCUUAAGUGAUGAACCAAGAAUCGUAAAAAUUAUGACUUUGCAGUUGUUAAAUUUGUUUUAAUCAUUGACAUAGAGUUAAUCAUUCGUUCUUUGAUUUGUCACAGUUGUGUGUGAGUUUCUUAAGAAGUGAGAAGCAAUGAUUGGGUUAUUUAAAGUUAAGGAAAAGCAAAGAGAACAAGCUCAAAAUGCUACUAGAGGAGGAGCUUCUGUUAAGAAGCAAUCUGCUGGCGAACUUCGUCUUCACAAAGAUAUAUCAGAGUUGAACCUUCCUAGCUCUUGUUCGAUAUCUUUUCCAAAUGGCAAAGAUGAUUUGAUGAACUUUGAAGUGUCCAUUAAACCUGAUGAUGGAUAUUACCACAAUGGUACGUUUGUUUUCACAUUCCAAGUUUCUCCUGUGUAUCCACAUGAAGCUCCAAAAGUUAAAUGCAAAACCAAGGUUUAUCAUCCCAAUAUCGAUUUGGAAGGAAACGUUUGCCUGAACAUCUUGCGUGAAGAUUGGAAACCGGUUCUUAACAUAAACACAGUUAUCUAUGGACUCUUCCAUCUGUUCACGGAACCCAAUUCUGAAGAUCCCUUGAACCAUGAUGCAGCAGCAGUUUUAAGGGAUAACCCAAAGCUGUUUGAGACCAAUGUUCGCAGGGCCAUGACCGGGGGAUAUGUUGGUCAAACCUUUUUCCCGCGCUGUAUCUAACAAAGCUCUGGUUUGUCUUCUUCAAGAAAAAAGAUAAGAACCAAGCCCUUUAUCCGCCAUUGUAUUUCUUCUCUUUCUCAAGGACCCUUGUCUGUUUGUUUGAUCUUGUAAAAUUACAUUCCGCGUAAAAGAAACCCUUUCCUUAGAUCGAAAUCUUGUGAACUUUAGUUCGUGAGAAUUCGAUAAAGGAGACUGAAAGGAAUUGUGUAACAUGUUUGAUCUUUGUCAUUUCUUGGUUUCCUUAUAAAUUAUUUGUUUGAAU